AUGUCAGAAAGGAAGGCUAUCAACAAGUACUAUCCUCCCGACUGGGAUCCACUGAAAGUGGUUAAACGAAAACGUGACCCAAAUCAGACGAUCAAAAUCAGGAUGAUGGCUCCGUACCUGAUGCGAUGCACCAAGUGCAAUGAAUAUAUAGCAGAGAGAAGAUCGUUCAACGCGAGAAAAGAGACGACAAACGAGACGUAUUUGAAAACAAAGAUCAUUAGAUUUCACAUCACAUGUCCCCGGUGCAACAACCAUAUUUCAUUCAAGACAAAUCCCCAGACAGCAGGGUACACACCUGAAGAGGGAGCAGUACGAAACUAUGAGCCUACCAGAAAGACUGAAGAUGAGUUGCUCCAGCGAUUAGAGAAGGAAGAACAAGAGAAUCUCAAAUUUCAGACUUUGAAAGAAAGGAGAAAGAGAAAUCCGUUUUGGAACAAACAGGAAUCGCUUCAAGCGGGAGGAGAUGUAUAUGAGAAUUUGGAGAAAAGAUUACUGGAACAGCAGCGAGAACAACAGCUAAAUGAACAUUUGGAAGAAUUACAAAUGAAA